CCCCAUGGAAGGCGUUGACCAAUGACGUGCCUCUGUUACAAAACAUUACAUGUGCAUGUGUCCGGAGGAUUGAACAGUGUUUCCAGGCGGAUUUUUCACAUCAGCUGUGUUUCAGAAGGGAAAAGGUUUUCAGUAAUCAUGGCCGAGAGGAAGAGGAACCUGAAGCGCAAAGGAGAGCCUCUGAAAGGAGCGGAGAAGCUCUCAGCAGCCCGUGGAGCGGAGAGAGAAGCGGGCUGGCUGCAGGAGAAAGUGGCGGAGAUCCGCAGAAACUCAACUGAGUGUAAAUUCAACAUGAAGCGUCUCCGGUUCCUGUCUGACGCCCAGAAAGUGAGACAGGGCUGCGGGGCAGUGCUCUACUGGAUGGCCCGGGAUCAGAGGGUGCAGGAUAACUGGGCGCUGGUUUACGCUCAGCAGCUCGCUCUGGAGGAGAAACUGCCUCUACACGUGUGUUUCUGCCUCGUGCCACGGUAUUUAGACUCAACUUAUCGCCAGUACGCCUUCAUGCUCAAGGGACUACAGGAAGUAGCCAAGGAAUGCACGAGUCUGGACAUUCAGUUCCACCUCCUGAGUGGCGAGCCCGAGCUGACGCUACCCGGCUUCGUGAAACACUGGGACAUCGGCGGUGUGGUGACGGAUUUUAGCCCUCUCAGACUUCCACUGCAGUGGACUGAACGUGUGAAAAAGGAGCUUCCACCCGACGUCCCCUUCAUUCAGGUCGAUGCCCAUAACGUGGUGCCGUGCUGGGAGGCGUCAAAUAAACUGGAAUACGCGGCGAGAACCAUCCGAGGCAAAAUCACCAAACUGCUCCCAGAGUUCCUCACCGAGUUUCCUCCAGUGGAGGCGCAUCCUCACACUUCCACCAAAACGGCAAAGAAGGUGAACUGGGAGGAAGUGAUGUCAUCCCUGGAGGUAGACCGCAGCGUCGGGGAGGUCGUGUGGGCGCAGCCAGGAAUGGCCGGAGGCGUCGCCAUGCUCGAGUCGUUCAUAGACAAGCGGCUGCGUCUGUUUGCCACCGAGAGGAACAACCCAAACGCUGACGCUCUUAGCCAGCUCUCACCGUGGAUCCACUCAGGUCAGUUAUCAGCUCAGCGUGUUCUGUUGGAGGUGCAGCGUUGGGGGAAACGCUUGACCGAGUCAGUGGCGUCCUUCAAGGAGGAGCUGCUAGUGCGCAGAGAGCUGUCUGAUAACUUCUGCUUCUACAACGACAACUACGACAACAUCAACGGUGCGUAUGAUUGGGCGAAGAAGACGCUGCAGGAUCAUGCUAAAGACUCUCGGCCUUACCUGUACACUCGAGAGCAACUGGAACACGCAGAGACAUAUGACCAGCUGUGGAACGCUGCACAGAGACAGCUAGUGUUGGAGGGGAAGAUGCACGGCUUCAUGCGCAUGUACUGGGCUAAGAAGAUCCUGGAGUGGACGUCUUCACCCGAGGAGGCAGUGAACAUCUCCAUCUACCUGAACGACCGCUACGCGCUGGACGGCUGUGACCCGAACGGAUACGUGGGCUGCAUGUGGUCCAUCUGUGGGAUUCAUGAUCAGGGCUGGGCCGAGCGACACAUUUUCGGGAAAGUGCGCUACAUGAACUACGCGGGCUGCAAGCGCAAGUUCGAUGUGGGCCAAUUCGAGAGGAGGUACACCGGGAAGAAGGCCUGAGAUACACACACACACACACACACACACACACACAGGUCCUCCAUGUGUUUGUUCUCUGUAGUGUGCCUGUAUGUUGAACUCAUUCUCAGUCAUUUUGAGUUUUAUGUUGCUGUAACUGAAAGCUUUCUGCUCAGACAUUUUUAGUUAAACUUUAGGAAAAUGGUUCAAGUUUAUUCAUCUAGAAAAAGAACAUCAGAGCAAGCGAGAUGUUUGUGACGGUUUGUGUAGCUGGAGCUGGAUCAGUGUAAUUAACAUAGAAUUGUGUGUCAGUUGAUCUAAACACUCUAAAGUCACUUGUAAGACAAGUUACACACACACACACACAUCAGUCGCAUCAGGCCUUUAACACGCAGAUUUGGGGAUUUUCUUGUAAGAAAUGUAAUCAUCAAAAUGGUUUUGUACUUUUUAAAUAAA